AUGACAAGAAACUCUUCUCCCCGCUCUCUUCUAUUCCUCCCUCUUCUCUUGUCAACUCUAUGUACAAUCACAGCGCAAAGCUUCGACUUCUUUUACUUUGUCCAACAGUGGCCCGGGUCAUACUGUGAUUCAAGGCGAAGUUGCUGCUAUCCCACCAGCGGAAAACCGGCAUCCGAUUUUGGCAUCCAUGGGUUGUGGCCUAACAACAACGAUGGGUCUUACCCCUCCAAUUGUGAUCCUGACAGCCCUUAUGAUCCUUCCCAGAUUAAAGACUUACUAAGCAGCAUGAAAGCUAACUGGCCAACCUUGGCAUGCCCCAGUUCAGAUGGCUCCGAGUUCUGGAGCCAUGAAUGGGAGAAGCACGGCACCUGCUCCGAGUCCAUUCUGGACCAGCAUUCUUACUUCGAAACAUCCCUCCAGUUGAAGAAGCAAACCAACCUUCUCCAGAUCCUUGAAGAUGCAGGCAUUCAUCCAGAUGGUGAACUAUACAGCCUCAACAGCAUCCGCAGUGCCAUCAGUGAUGGAAUUGGCUACACUCCUGGAAUCGAGUGCAAUGUGGAUGAAUCAGGGAACAGUCAACUAUUCCAAGUCUACCUGUGUGUGGACACUUCAGCAACUAACCUCACUGAUUGCCCAGUCUAUCCAAGGAGCAAGUGUUCUUCAUCAAGCAUCGAGUUCCCUUCCUUUUGAUGCGAAGUAAUCAACUUCUUGCAGCUUAUUCAAAUGAAAUAACACAUCAUUGCAUCGAAAGAACUAGCAAGCCUAGUUAUUCCAUACUCUUUCUCAAAUUAUUGCUAGAAUAAAGGAUGGUAAGUUGGAAAUAAUCCAUUGAUGAAUUUUUAGAAGCGAUACAAUUU